GUCUCUUCCUCUCGUCCAGCAGGGGACGGAAUAACACAAACAAACACACUGGUAGCCAGCUGCUAGCUAACAGCUAAAGGUCAUAACUUCACAUAUAAACACACAUUAAAUUUGAAAUUCGGAUCGUUCCGACCCAGUUGGAGAUUGUGGGCCGGGUCGGUGUUCAUAUGUUGAGACUAUUUGUGCUCCACUAAGAAGAGACGAACCGCGGAGCUUCCAUCGAGACAGUGCUGAACAUGGAGCUGACCUCAGGAUACUACUCUGGUUACCAUCAGUGAUGUCUAUCCACACCCUCCUGAGAUGCUCCAUCAGGGCUCGGAGGAGACCGCUGGUCACAUCUUUGUCCAAUCACAGGGCUUUAUCUGGGGCUGAGGCUGUUAACGCUCUACGACCUUUUUACUUUGCUGUCCAUCCAGACUUCUUUGGUCAGCAUCCCAGAGAGCGGGAAGUGAAUGAGAACUCCUUGAAGAGGCUGAACAGUUAUCUGGAGAAGCUGCAGAAGCCGGGCUCCGAUGGCGUCCGGCCAACAAAACUCACCUUUUAUGUCCGUGACACAAAGACCAUGAGUGAUGAUCAAGCAGACCUUCUGUCUUCAGGUUUCAGACCAGUGAGCUUCACCCUGCACACCAAGGAUGUGCUGAGCACGGUGAUAAACGUGCUGGCGUCCUGCAGCCUGCCCAUAGAGCACAUGAAGAGGCUGCUGGAACGAUCUGAGGCAUCUAAAGGUCCAGCUGAGGUUCUGUUCUACAGACCCAUCAGGUGGGAUAAAAGCUACUACACCUUCACUGGCUUCAGAGACCCUGAGCAGGAGCUGGAGCAGGCCCGCAGAGUGGAGCCCACACUGGGUCUUUGGCUGAGGAACAACGAGCCAGAUGCAGCGAAGAAGCACAGCGCCAGCCUUCCACGAAGAGAAGAGCUGAGCAGACUGAGGAGGGAACUCUGCCAGAGCUUUAACUUGGCAGACAUCAGGUGGCAGCGUAGCUGGGGAGUGGCUCAUAAAUGCUGCCAACUUCAGAGUCUCAGCCGACUGUCCUACCAGAACCCAGAAGCUCUCAUCAACCUGCAAGGACACACUGUUGUGUUCGCUGACCAGUCAGGAAUGAACGCCUCGGGACACGUCAUGCUGGGAAGCAUGGACGUUCAUCACCAGUGGGCAGAACUGUUUCAGCAGCUUCCUGGCUAUCAUAGCCUUCAGCAGCAGACCGACUGGCUAAAGGAGAGGAUCAGUGACCUUCUGGGAGGAACUCAGGUGGUCCACAUGGAUAAGCUGGGACUGGUCCAGAACAUGGCUGAACACUACAUCACAGUCAGCACAUUUCACAAACGCCUGAUGUCCCACCGCCUGCACCUACACCCCAGGAGCCUGGAUGGCCUGACCAUGGUGCUGGAGAACGACCGUGCCACUCCACGCCUUCAUGAAAUGGGGCACUUCAUUAUUCCCACCACCUGUGACCCCCCCAAGCUGCAGGUGUUCCUCCAGAGCCACGCGGCUGAGGCCAGACGGAGGACCCUGCUACGAAACCAGUUGCAGGUGGAGGAGGAGGCUGUGCUGAGGUCUUGUCUCCAGACUCUGUCUCUGAGGAGCCUGUCCAAGGAGCCCAGUGUGAGCCCCACCCAGAUGAUCCAGUGCUGCACCCGGCUGGUGCAGCUGCACCCCCCCCUCCUCCAAGGCCUCCACAUCUGCGUAUCUCACUUCUACUCAGUCCUGCAGGAUGGAGACCUGUGUGUCCCCUGGGACUGGAAGAACUGAACCAAAGCACUUUAUUUUAAUACAUCAAAUUUUUUUUCUCUAAGACAAUUUUUAUGAUUAAAAAUUAAAGUUCCGAAGCCAAAUGGAACCAGAA